CGGCUCCAUUGUAUUGUCCGCCAUUUGAACUGUGUAUGGAUGUAAAUUGUUAAGUGAUCGUUAACUUUUACGUGGAAUUUUACUCAUUUAACCCAAUAAUAUAAAGGUUUGGAAUAUACUCAUACAUUCAUUAGUCUAUUUACUAUCACCUAUGUGUAUAAGUUCGUGACUUUGGGUCUCUGAGAGCGGAGAAUCGCGAUGGAAAGCGAGCCCAAAGCGCGAGUUCAUCACCGGAAAAGACGAGAAAGAGCUCAGAAGUUGCAACUCGAUUUGAGUGAUUCGGAAGGGGAAAAAAUAGGGGAUGAUCAAUCUCCUUUAAGGGGCUCGAAAGAGAGAAGUAGAUCGAAGCCCCGGAAGAAAAAGAGUCCGGGGACAUAUGAGGAAGAUUUUAUUGAUGGAUUUGCAAUAAUCAGUUUCAAGACUAAAGAAGAAUUACAGAAAUUUACCCAAGGUAAAUUGACUAACAAAUCAGGGGGAGAUAAGUGUACACCAAAGAGGAACAACUCCAUCUCACCUGCAAGACAUAUACAUAGACAUCAACAUGUCAAGAAGAAAGACAAGACACAAACCAACCUGUCUAAGUCAAAGAAACAUAACAAUAGUGCCGCGGACAGCGAGUCCAGCGGCGAGACCACCGAUCAUUUGGAUACCAGUAACCUUAUAUUAAAUGGACCAAAGAAAACCAUUUCUCGGCGAUUCAGUGAUGUGAGUACAAGGUCAAGCUCUGGAGCCGGAUAUUUGUGUGAUAGUGAAAGUGGUGAUGAAAGGGUGUCAGAUGCCAGUCUAGAUAUCUUCAAACCUAUCAAUAACAGUAUUAUUACAUGUGAAAGAAAUGUAACGUCCCUUCUGCCACCAGUAUCAACACAUAGUGCAACAAUCACCACGGCAACUCAUACUACAACAACAACAGGAAGUGAUGUCACUGCCACCAUCGUCUCCACAACCACAAGCUGUAUACCACUAGUCACUAGCAGUCAAACAACUACGAGUGUAAACGUUACGACUGCGCAUCAUAUCGUGAAUACGACAACGUGUAGUAGUCAACACGUCCAUCAACACAAUCAUCUGCAACCAGUUGUUAAUCAGUCAUAUCACAAAGUUACGUCAGCAGACAAUAAAUUUAUACCAGCUGACAAUAAAUAUUCAUCACUUGAUAAUAGAUAUACAUCAGUUGACAAUAAAUAUUCAACAGCAGAUAAUAAAUAUUCAACAGUUGACAAUAAAUAUUCGUCAGUUGACAGUAAAUAUUCAUUGGGAGAAAGCAAAUUUUCAUCAGUUGAGAGUAAAUAUUCUUCCCAGUUAAAUCAACAAAAGAUUCAUACCAAUAACAAUAAUGUUAAUAAGGAUGUUAGUCAUACAAACAAUUUUCAGUCGGUGAUAAAGCGUCGACCAUUAUCUCCGCCACCGUUGACGAAAUCUAGGCCACCGUCGCCUCGUCAUAAAUCAAUAUCGCACCCAUUAUUACCAGCAUCGUCAUCGUCAACCUCUCUUUCAUCUAUAAUAAGCAACCCUGUGAUCCAUCGUGAGUCAAGGCGACCAACACCACCAUCAAGAGCAAAGACGCCUCGUCGGGAAGAUUCACGUGAACGAGAGACUUACCAACAAUUACCUCCAAGUCUCGCUGUCUCAAAGUCAUUCUUCUCACCAGGAUUUUCUGGACAUGGCCCUUCUGCUGCAAGUAUAUAUAGUCCGUUAGGGCCAAGCCCAGGACUCCAUCCGAUACAUUCCACGCCACCUAGUCACACCCCGACAUUCCCGGGAUCAAGCGUGAUACCGUCACUACAUCAGCACCAUCAGUCCACGCCACAGCCGCAUCCAAACAUGUUUGCUCCGCCUCUACCGCUCGGACUCCCCGGUGGUCCGAUACCAGGGUCACUAAGCGGAGCACCAUCGUCACAUAUAACUUCAGAGUCACCUCUGUCAAUUUCAAAUCCGGAUUUGUUGAGAGAAGAGUUAAAUCGCAGAUUUCUGGCGUCGCAGGAUCGCUCGUCGUUGCUAGGUUCGAUACCGCCAUUGAUGCGGGCAGAUAUUCAUCAGCAUAUGCAUCAGCAUCAACAUCAACAUAUGCAUCAACAUCAACACACAUAUGGUGGCAUGCCACCACCGGCAAUUUCAGCACCAUCGUUAGUUCCGACACCAACACCUAGUCCGUUUGAUAAAGUUCCACCAAGUAAUCCAUUCUUCCGGCAGGGUUUGACACCACGACCUGGAAUUGCCGAGCCAGCCCCUAGACUUCUCUCGGCCAGUAAAGAUAAGCCCAUCCUACCCCAGCACCCACGUACAUCUGCGAUCCCAGGCUUGCAGGGCUAUCCUUCACCGCUACCCGAUGCACUGCAUUCAGGAAUUCCCGGAGCUUUCCAGCCAAAAGGAAUAACCACACUCCAUCCUGCCGUGGGUCCACUGUUUAUCGCUCCAGGACGAGAUUUAGACAAGUCCCCUGCUCACAUUCCACAAGCACCUCAGAGUAACUUACCAACUACGGCUAAGAAGCCAGGUAAAUGGUGUGCUGUUCAUGUACGUAUUGCAUGGGAGAUUUACCAUCAUCAACAGAAAAAUAACUCUGACAAAGGCUCGGAUUCAAAGCCCUCGGAUCCACUAAGGCCCCCUAGUCACCUCAUUCAGGGCCCAUCAUUGGCACGUCCUCCAGACUUGCCAAAUAGUGCCAACUCUACAUUACUUGGAUCAGGGAGAGGCAUGUUUGAUUCCAAUCCACACACCCUGUUAAAUUCUGCCAGCCAUCUAGCAUCAUCAUUCCCAAGGCCUGCACCAUAUUCCAUAGGCAGUAGUCUACCAUUAGGCAUGGGUAACGGAUUGAUGUCAACUAGUCGCGAGGCUCCCCCUAGUGUUCCUUCAGGAUCUCAGGAUUGGGGACGUUUGCAUCGUCCUUCCUCCUCAACAUUCUCAAGUCCGUGGACAAAGACGGAAGAUAGAGAGAAAGAAGAAAGAGAAAGUAUGGAUAGACGCAGGGAAGAAGAUAGAGAACGGGAAAGAAGGCUAUUAGAACAGGAGCGCCACAGAUUUAGCUCCCUUGAUGACAGAGGCAGAGACCGUGACCGUUACCGAGAGAGUGAAAUGUUAGCAAAGUCAAGGUCACGAUCAAGAUCACCAAUGCGUAAUGGACGCUCAGACUCUGUGAAAUCUGAACGUAGUUUUGAGAGGCGUUCUGAAGACUCUGGGAUGAAUGUGAUGAAAGUGAAGGAAGAGAAACGUGAAAGCCUUACACGUGAAGAUGAUCUCAUGGUUGCCGCGGCAGCUGAACGUGAAAGAGAAAGAUUAAUGAAAAAUGAGUAUAUUGCAAAUAGUAUACGAACUGGUGAUCCUUUUUUGCAAGGUGCUGUAAUGGAUAGGGCUAGAAUGUUGAACCCAGCUUCAGCAUAUUCAGUGACAGACAGGGUACCACCACAUCCAUCAUUGUGGAACCCUUUUGACAAAGGUCCAGUAGAUUUUCAAAAUAUAAGACUAAAUUUACAAAGAGAAAUGGAACAGGCACGAGAACAGUUGUUGUUGAAUAGAUUUCCGGGACCGGGGUUACAACAAGGAUUUCCUGGUUUAUCCCCCUUUGAACAGGAACGUUUCCGAGAUGAAAUGAUUCUAAGGGAGAAACGAGAAAGAGAUUAUCUUGAAAGACUUCCGGCGUUUACGCGUGAACGUAUGUUUUAUGAAAACAGUAAAAUUCAAGGAAUACGUCCCCAAGAUCAUUUGACUCAUCCAUCAUUGAGUAACAGUUUUUCUAGGAAUAGCCCAGCAUUACAUAACCAUAUAAAACGUAGUUCCCCCGCAAUAUUACCGGGGGCACCGCCACCAUUAAUACAUUCAGUUAGUGCACACAGUUCAAGGGGACAUAACUCACCUGCUGUGAAUAAGUCAAAAGGAGUAAGCCCCAUAGACUCUGUUGGGGAAAGCAAACGGGACAGUAAUUCCAAUUCAACUGACCCUGAUGUUCAUUCUAGGUAAUCAGGGUGAGAAAAAUGACAAAGGUCGUAUGUGAGAAUGACGCUUGACCUUAAAUGUGUGAUAAUUUAAAGUUUUAAAGGGGACGAAAAACAAGCGUUUUGUUGGAGGAUUGUAAUACAUUAUUUGGAUAAUCAGGGUUAGAAAUACUGUGAAAUAGUAAGUGACAUGAUGUAUAUAUUAUCCUCGGGAAAAAUAAUUUUCCGUUAUGUGAUCUUAGUAUUAGAUUGUCAUAUUAUAAAAAUGCCGAUUUUGAACUCAUGCUGUCUCAAAGAGAAAUUUGUGGAAUUAUUAUAAGAAAUAUAUAUUAAAUAUUGAUGAUGGAUUUUGUAUGGGAUAUUUCAUUUUAGUGUGUUCUUUCUUUUCUGUGUUAUUGUUAAUUCUUGAUUAAUAUACUAUUAUUGUAUGUACAUAAGUAGACGUAAUGGGGGAAAACUCAAUUUGUAUUGCCCAAGCAAAGGAACAAGCAAAUUUUUGAAACACAUGCUGUGAUUAUGAAAUGAGGGUUUAUGUAUUCAAAAAUCGUUUUUUGGUUUGUAAAAGAUAUCUUCAGGGUUUUGUUUUCUUGCAAGUUUUUUUUCUCCUUUAUUUUCACUGCCAAUAAAUGAAGUAUAAUAAA